GAUGCAAAAGAAAGUGCCCCGCCACAGGUGGCAGCGCAGUGGCUUGCCAAGAAGGACCUGGCCCUAAUCCUGUUGGCCAAGGAGAUGUCCUCGCCGACGAUUCUCCUGGGCACAGGCCGGUCUCUCCGAUAGCCUGACAUCGCUUCUCCUUUUCCAAACUAGGCAACCUCUCCCACAUCCACACCCCGCUAUGGAGAGGGGGAGGGGAAGGAAUAAAUAUAAAUGGCCCCACCGCACUUCGGACUGAGAUGGGCACCAAAGGAACGCGUGUGGGGUAAGGGAUCGCCAACCCCAACCAGCGUCCCUCAUUCAUGCAUGAGCUUCUUCUAUACCAAGGCCAGCAAAUGGCCCAGCACCAAGCGAUAUCUGUGCCCCCGACCAUGCUCGAUUUGCUGGCCAAUUUGACUGAGGAUCGGUCCGCCGGGGAGAUUCCUUGCGUGGAUCUCUAUACUUGUUCUACCUCGGUGGCAUCCUUGGGCCAAAGACCUUUGUCCGCUGUGGAAGGACUGCUGGCUUUGGAAGGAAGAGAAGCCGAGAUGGAGGAAGAGGAGGAGGAGGAAGAAGAGGGACGGGUGGUGAGACGAGCUGCUUUCCUGGGCAGGCCCAAAAGAAAACGGAUCAUCACCUCCACGCAGCGCCAGGCAGCCAACGUCCGGGAGAGGAAGAGGAUGUUCAACCUCAACGAAGCCUUUGAGCAGCUGAGGAGGAAAGUCCCUACAUUUGCCUACGAGAAGCGUCUCUCCAGGAUCGAGACCUUGCGCCUGGCGAUCGUCUACAUCUCCUUUAUGACUGAGCUUCUGGAAGGCGACCAAGCUAGCUAAAAUGCCGGGCUGAACAAGGCAGCUGGUGGGACAAAUGGCUGCAUCCAAGGAUGGAGAAAAGGGACACCUGACACGAGCGCUGCGACUGAGAAGGGCGGUUAGGGCGUCCUCUCCUCUCUUCUUAUUCGCAUUUCCCGGAUCUCGUGUCCCUCCGGAGGAAGUGGACUAUGGCGUUUAUCAUCUCUAAUAAGCCUGGGCGGUGAUGGGUAUUGUAAUGCUUGCCAGGUUGGUUCUACUGAGGUGUAAUUUUAGGGGGAGAGACGACAAUGGAGCGCUUCAGACGCUUUUCAAAGAGGUUGGUAGGACGAUCAGACAACUGACUUUCAGGGAACAAGUUCAGGAAAUGUAAAGGGUGGAAUUUAAAGACGUGGGGAGGUCUUUCAAAAGCAAAGGAGUGAGGUCUGGGUUAGAACGAAAAAAUUGGACAGUCUUGAUUGAGGAAAAGAAAAGACUUGGAAU